AUAUGUAACGCUCAGAGCACACUUGCACUUUGUUUCCCCAAAUAUUAGGCUGAGCUUUCAGAAGUAAUCUCCCACUAGCUGCAUGGUUGUGCAACCAAAACUCGAAAUAUGGGGAUGCACAAAAUGAAGAUAGGACUUAUUUUAAUUGUAACAUGCAUCACCUUCCUCACUCCUGUCCAUCUGGCGUACCUUCCGAGCGCCACCAUCUCAGAUCUUACCUUAAAAAAUCUGGACUUUGCCAUGAACCUAUACAGAAAAAUAUCCAGCCACGAUGACAAGAAUAUAUUUUUCUCCCCUCUGAGUAUUUCCACAAGCUUUGCUGCUCUUCUAAUGGGUUCUGAUGGUGUCACACACAAGGAAAUACUGAAGGGACUCAACCUGGGGCAGCUGGAGCGGGCCGACGAGCCAGAACUCAUCCCGAGACUCUUUCAACUCCUUCAUGAGAACAUCACACAGGGUGGAUCGCUGAAACUGGAACAUGGCAUGGCUCUCUUUUUGAGCCAGAACUUUUCAGUAGAGGAAGUAUUUCAAGAUCACAUCGAGAAAUAUUUUGAAGCCGACAUCAGAAGUGUAGACUUUGCGGACUCAAAAGGGAGCAUCAGCUUCGUCAAUGAGUACAUCAAGAACAAAACCCAGGACAAAAUGACCGACAUGUUGUCCACCCUUGAUGCACUGACCAAACUCAUGUUAAUCGACACAAUUUUGUUUCAGGGAUCGUGGCGGAAGCCUUUCAACCCCAAUUUCACUUCCAAUGCACCGUUCCACGUUAACAACUAUAAUAUUGUGCAAGUACCGAUGAUGUUUUUAGAGGAUAAAUUUUACUCCAUGCACGAUGUUGCUCUUGGUGCAAAGGUGUUGAGGCUACCAUAUCGGGAAGGGGUUUCCAUGCUUAUCCUGCUGCCAAACAAAGGCGUGGACUACACUGUAAUCGAUGAUGCAAUCACUGCUAAGAGGUUCCUCAGCUGGAUCAAAGAGCUGCAAAGAUCCACUCUGGAAGUCAACUUGCCGAAGUUCAAGAUGGAGUCGUCGUAUUCGCUGCAAAAUCUUCUUCCAGAUAUGGGCAUGACCAGUAUCUUCAGCAAUACUGCCAAUUUGACGAGGCUGAGUAAGGAAGAAGGCCUCAAAGUGUCAGAGGUGGUGCACAAGGCUAUGAUAGAGGUGGACGAGACAGGAACCAUUGCUGCAGCUGCUACAACAUCUGGCAUUAUCCCGUAUUCUUUACCAAGAAUCUUCACUGUCAACAGGCCCUUUUUCUUCUUCAUAUACCAUGAAGCCACAAACUGUGUGCUGUUCAUGGGGAGGGUGAUUAACCCUAUUGAAAACCACCCGUCGUGACUGAGUUGUGUUUAACCUGUGAUGUGUUAGUCUGAUGUCUGAAGGUCAUGCUGUGGUUUUCUGUAAGCCUGCUUAAUAUGACCUCUAUAAUAAACAAUUAACAUGAUUAUG